AUGAGAAUAUCUUUAAGAAAAAUAGUCAUAUUAGUGUCAUUAAUACUAUUAAUACUGUUUACAUUAUUAAAGAUAGAAUCUUCAAUCGGACUUAAACAAUUAAAAUCUUUAAUACUAGAUACGGAAAGAUUUGAUUCGAUUUCAUUUAAAUUACAUGAUUUACAAAUAAAGAAAGAAUUUCAUUAUUCUAAUUAUUUAUACACUGGUUAUAAUAAUUUUACAAAUCAUUUUGGAAACGACUUAGAUCAUAUAAAAUCAUUGCCAUUGAAAGAAAAAUGUCAAAUAUUAUUUAAUCAAAUUAAUGAAACAAAUCCAGAUUGGAAAUUAAGUGUAUUUAAUGAACCAAAAAAUAGAUUUGAAAAAUCAUCGGAUAAAAAGGAACAAUUCUUUCAAGAUAAAAUUAAUAGAUUAAAAGAUAAAUUUGAAAGGGAAAACCUUGAUUCAAAGAAAAAAUUCAAAUUAACUAAAUUUCAUAAUCAAUCAAUCCUUGAAGAAUUUAAUGAAAAAGUUGCAAAAUCUAAAAUAAUAAUGCAAGAAAUGGCGGACUCAACUACAUUACUUAGAAUCUAUGGUAAAUGCUUUUUAAAUCAAGAUUUAGACAAAAAUCAAAGGGACGUUUAUAAUGAAUUUACUACUAAAUUAUUUCCAUUUUUAACAAAUAAGCUACCUUUAAUUGAUGGUGCUUUUAACGAUCAAGAUGGUUCAGAUUAUCCUGAAAAUCCAGUUGAUUUCUUAUAUAAGAAAUCUAAUGGUAAAGGAAUUGUUGUUUCUUCUGCAACAAGACAUGCAAGAGAUUUAGUAAGAUUGAUCAUGGUACUUAGAGCUUUGAAUAAUAAAAUACCUAUUCAAAUUAUGCAUAAGGGAGAUAUCACCAAAAAAUGGUUAGCUACAAUUGAAGAAGCAGCAGUUGCAGAUGUUGAAGUUUUAUUAGAUCCAGAAAGUUCAAUCACUCAUACUCUGGUUUUACCAGAUUUAAAAUUACUAGAACAAUAUAAAGAAUAUGGAUCAGUGUUCCCAAAACAAGAUUUAAAAUUUGUUAAUUUAGCUCCAUGUAUUAAAAGAACUUUUAAAUAUUCAUUCCCUGGUUAUUCAAAUAAAAUAUUGGCUUUAUUGUUCUCAACUUUUGAUGAAAUAAUACUAUUGGACGCUGAUACUGUACCAUUAGUACCUCCAGAAGAAUUUUUUGAAUCUCAAGAAUACAAGAAAUCAGGUACUUUUUUCUUUCAAGAUCGUUCAUUAAGAGAUACAAAUGAUUAUAUGGAAACCAAUUAUUUUACCACCUUAUUUCCAAGCAAUGAAGAAUCAAUUGAUACUUUAUUUGAUAUUCCAAGAGUCACUGAAAAGACUUUAAAUAACAAGUAUAUGACAGGAUGGAGACAUUAUCAAGAAGCUGGAGUGGUUGCAUUUAAUAAGAAACAACAUUAUAUUGGUUUGCUAAUGAUGUUUCCUUUAAGUUUAUGGCAAGAACCAGUGAAAUCAUCCAUAUGGGGAGAUAAGGAAUUAUAUUGGAUAGGAUUAUCAGCAGCUGGUGAUGAAAAUUAUGAAUUUAAUCCAAAUGCCGCUGCUUCAGUUGGUGAAAAAACCGUGAGAACAGAAAGAAAAUUUUAUCCCAAUUCUGUUAGUAAUGAAGUAUGUUCAACUCAUCCGGGACAUGUCAAUUCUGAUGGGAAAUUGCUAUGGAUUAAUUCAGGGUUUGGAUAUUGUAAAAAGAAUGGUUAUUAUAGAGAUAGAAUAAAGUUCCCAUUUACAGUAUUUGAAGGUGAAGAAUUAAUGGAAUUAUUCAAUUCACCAUUGAAAAUACGAUCAGCAUUAAUUCCACCAGACUUACCAAAUUUUAGAGAACCAAGUGAAUUCAACCCAGAACCAGAAGAUGAGUUUCGAGAUUCUUGGAAACAUAGGAAAAAAGAUAUUGAUGAAAUAAAUGAAAAUUUACCAAAAGAUAGUGAAAGAACUGAAUUUAUUCCAUUUUGGGGUCCACAAAAAGGAUGGGUUAAAAACAGUAUAUGUUUUGGGUAUUUUUAUUGUGCUUAUGAUAAUGUUGAAAGUUAUUCAAAUAAUAAAGAAUUUGAUAAGGGGAAAUUUUAUGAAUUUGAUGAAUCUAGUAUUAAAUUUUUUGAUUAUUUAAGUAAAGUUUGGUUGACGGGAAUACCCAAGAAAAAGGGAUAA